UCAAAACAACAAACUCCCGCGAAAUUUUGCCGAACACAUGUGAUUGAAUCAAGGUAGAAAGUUGUUCGACUAUGGAGACAGGUUCGUCGGUGUCGAAGGGAGUCUUUGCAUACAAGGGAAAGAAGAAGUCGGUGAAUCCAGAAAAAUAUUUCCCAAAAAGUGAGACUGUCAACACUUGGAAGAGAAGACUUGAAACUUACCAAAGUUUAUGGGAAAGUGUUGAUACAGAGAUACAGAUACUACAGUCAGAUUUGAACACGAAGAUAUUUGAUGACCUUUUGAAGUUCACGAAGACAUGCCACUCCAGAUUUACCUUAUCCAGUCAGACAGGGGACUCUCGUACCAAGGAAAUCCCUACAGCAGCUCUUGUUACAGGCGUAAACACACCGGACCAUGGCGUGAUGUUUGCCACCCUUGUUACUUUGCUUCAGGAGAGAGUUUCCCCCCUUGUUGCCAUUCUUCAAUCCAAAGAUUGCAACAAUGUCAAAAACACACUCUCCAAACUUUUGGGACAGAUCCUGAAGAACCCUCAGCUGUUUGAAGAUGACGAGGAUUCUCCAGAAGUGAAUCAGAAAAAUCUACCAAUCAGCUUGGCCACAUUAGCGGAUUGGUACGAUGAUAAAUAUACUUUGAACCAUUCCAGUCCUAAGAAACGGAAAUCCGAGGAAGGUGAUUUGGUGGACAUUCAGAUCCUCCCACCUGUCAUCAUGGUGUUUGAAGAUCUUGAGAGCUUUCAGCCGAGAGUCUUACAGGAAUUCAUAACCAUCUGCAGUAACUACCUGAGCCAGCUGCCCAUUGUUUUCGUGUUCGGCAUCGCCACAUCUGUGUCAGCAGUUCAUCGCCUCCUGCCAAACGCUGUGUCGUCCACGCUGUGCAUGGAGAAGUUCCAGGCUCCACCAUCGACAGAAUAUCUUACCCUGCUCAUCAAUCAGAUUUUGAUGACGAAGCACUGCCCGUUCAAGCUAGGCUCCAGAGUGUUCAAACUUCUGCUGGACAUAUUCCUUUAUCAUGAUUUUUCCGUUCUCAAUUUUAUAAAAGGAUUACAGUUCUCCAUGAUGGAUCACUUCCUGUCAAACCCAAUGAGCCAGCUGUGCUGCCCCCUGGAGGAGCUUCCCAACCAGACAAAGAGGAUGAACAGUGAUGAGCUGGAACUCAUCCGUCAGCUUCCAUCCUUUAUGAGAUACGUGGAGAGUUGUUCGCUGGAGAGACAAGCAGAGUUGUUGACGGAUGACGCAGAAACCAAGAUAGAGGUACUGAAGCUGGUGACAGAAAUACACACCUAUCGCGAGGAAUUCUACCCCAUACUGAGGUGUCUCCACACUCUGGUGUCCAAGCUUCCUAAACAGCCUCUUGGUAAACAGCUUCGAGAAGUGUAUGCUACAGUUCUGGGUUGGAAUAUGGAGGAGAAUGAGGACUACCAGAUCUCAUUAGACUUACUGAAAUUCAUGUCAAAAGAUGAGCUGAUAGGUCUGUUAAGAGGGUGUGGGAGUUGUCUUGGUAACGACCUUCCCUCCAGUCUCAAGGACAUCCCUGUGUCUAUAAACUCACUACUGGACAGAUUUGACACACUCCACGAACAAGUUGAAGAAGAUGAAGAGGAAACAACAGACAGUCCUGUGAUCCAGAAAACAGAUCUUCACAGUUUGAAAAAGAGGCUACAGGAGUUGGAGAAGAAGAAAAAGAAAUUAUCCCCUUACGAAAAGUUAAGAACUGAAUGUGUGGAUUAUUUUGAUUCUCUAUUCAGAAAGUAUCUGGUGAGUCCCAAGGCUUUACCACUGCACGAACUACUGUACUACGACUCUGCUAGCACAGUGAGGAGUCACCUGACCGCCUCGCCGAGGGCCGCGGUACAGCUGGCUCUCGGAAGCUCCCAUACUUACCUUCGCAACCAGACUGAGAGUGAUAACUCCGGAACCAUCAGUCCCGACAUUCCCGACGUAUGCAUCGUGUACAAACUACAUAUGGAAUGUAGCCAGCUCAUCAACCUUUACGACUGGCUCCAGGCAUUUAUCACAGUGAAGACUUCAAAUGAUGAAGAAAACGACGAUCAAGUCAAGAAUCCAGAUCAGGUUUUACAAGCUCGAUUCAUCAGGGCUGUGUCGGAGCUCCAAUUCCUUGGCUUUGUCAAACCCACCAAGCGGAAGACUGACCACGUAGCCAGACUUACAUGGGGAGGUUGUUGAUGACAAAUGAAGGAUUUACAACGUGGAGAAAUAUCGGAACAAUAAUUGUCUUCUAUUUUUUUGCUGACAAACACAGAUUGACUGAAUACAUCAAAAAGGCUGUGCUGUCACCCUUCAGUGUCAUGGAAUCUUGACUAAAAACCUAGGAUCUAGAAUCAAUAUAACUUCUAGAGUAUUGAGGAUGUUUAUUGUAUUGCUGUUUUGAAAUAAUGGUUUUCAUUGACAAAUCUGUAGCCAGAUGGCAACAGUUAGUGCUUCAAAAAUAUUAUUGAAUAUGUCUACAUGUACAAACCAUGGAUCGUUUUGUAAAAACUUUUACUUCCGACCUUUUCUUGAAUGUAUUUUGUAAGGAUGCCAAAAACUGUAACCAUGCAUUUGACAAAAUUUUUUCUGAGAAAAAUCAUGUAGAACCUUUAUGACAAAAUAAUACCGAAAAAGUAAUUAAAAAUAAAUAAAUCAACGACAGUGUACCAAAUAAAAUUGCAAAGGUCCAGACCCGGAUUUGAACCCUGGACCUCCAAUCAUUAUACUAUCGCUCUAAUCAGCUGAGCUAACUUGUCGACCGUAGUACCCUGGCCGAGUCUACGCAGGCUGAAAUUUUCUUGAUUUUGAUCCAAAAUUAGAAAAUUUAAUUUACACGGAUCAUAAUUACAACAAGUAAGUGUAUUUUGUUAUACAAAUCUUCAAGAAAACCUUAAGAUGUGUGAUAGAAUCUAUUUUCAAACAUUUUUGUAAUAUUCUUCAUGUAUAUAAAUUAUUACAACUCCAUGGAUACUCGCUGUUUUCUGACAAUAUUUAGGUUAUUAUGUUUAUUGUGGCACUUUUUUCACGCUUGUCAUAUUAAUCUACGGACGGUAUUUUCGCGCUCUCAUUAUUGACCUGCAAAAUUGCGAAAAUAUCAUAUCCGCAGAAAUAUAUCCUGCUGUACAGUAGACAAAACAGAUUUGAAUGGAGGGUACUGUAUUUACUUAAAGCUGCAGCGAGAUUUUUGGAAUACUUUGCCUACAAUGGAAAACAUAUCCUCACGUUAUCAGGAAUCUACAAUGUUUGAACUAAAUCUAGUGACACAGAGGGAAUUGGUGUAGAUACAGUCACGUAAACUGAUUAACAAUUUUCGUCAGAUUUUCUUGCGUUUUUUUCUGAAAUUUUUCUCUUGAAAAGACAUGUUGGAUGCAUACGUUACAAUUUGUUUCACUUUAUCUAUGUGGUUUUGGUAUUAAAAAAUUACUCAAAUAUAACAGCCAAAACUAGAUACCUAUUCCGUCUUUGCGUAUUGCAGAGUUAUCUUCUCUUGUGAGCAGGUAUUGAUUGUUACGUCAUUGGUUUG